GAGAAUGAUACAACAUUGAUAUCCUUUUUGGUUUAUAGGAAAAGAUGAUUGAGAAGGUGGCAGCUAGCAAGGAUACCGAUCACCCUAUAACUGAAGACGAAGCCUUUCAUGAGGUUUUAGGUGAUGAUCCUGGUUAUUUUAAAAGACUUGGUUAUGUUCCACCACGACCAUCUACAAAAGGAAAAGAAGCGGUGGAGGUUGAAGUUAUGGAACUUAGAGAGAAAUUUGAUCAAAACCAAGCAGUGACUGCUCAGAUGAUGGAAGAGAACAGGCAGCUUAAGGAUCAACUUGAGAAAAACCAAACAGUGACUACUCAGUUGCUUGAAGAGAACAAAGAGCUGAAAGAUCAACUUGAGGAGAACCGAGUAGUGACUAAUCAAUUGAUCGAAGAGAACGAGUUGAAAAGUCAACUUCAAGAAAAUCGAGAAGCUACUGCAAAGACUUAAACAUAUUUGGCAAGCAUAAUGCAAGUGCUCCAGGCCCAAGGCACGAUGCCUCGUAAGUGAUCUAAUUUCCUUAUACUUUAGGAAAUCAUUAUUACAAGUAGUUUAAGUUCCCAAAGGAUUAUGAGAAAGUUGUAAUAUAUUUGCAUGUGUUAG